AAAAAGUUUAAUUAAUUUAGCCCAUUUUCAUUCUUCAUUAGCUGUCAGUAGUGUGUAUUAAACUCUCUGUAUUAAAAUGACAUUUGUAGAUAUCUUAUCUAGGAUUCAUAUCUAAAUUAAUAUCGCGAAUUCUUAAUCAAAAUUAAUAUCGCAUUAAAUCUUCUAAUUGCCUCAAGCAUAAUAUUAAUUUGUCGCUGUCAUCAUCUCGCGCGACGUUUUGCGAUGCUUAAAGAUACUGACGUACGUCAUUCGCACAAUACGGAACCUAACAACUGUUCGCGGGAAAUAAGUUAUCAUAGAAAACACUUGGUCACGGACGGAAGAAGAACAAACGACGAGUGUUGUAUGAUGUCGAUGCAAUUGACUGACAGGAUAGUGACAAAAAUAAGGAACGGUUAUUACGAUAACGAGCUGUCUCCCGCGGAUUUCUCCCGGAAUAAGCUAGAAAGGGAUGAAAUUCACAUCAGUAACGGCAUUAUUUAUUAAUGGACAUUGAUGGAUUAUUUAAUGACUCGACCGGUGAAAGGACCUCUACCCCUAUCAUUCGAGUGCAUGGAACUCCCAAAAAGACGAUAUAGUAUAUACGUAAUUAAUGCGAGCCUGCUGUUGAUCUGACGAAAUCGUGGCAAGUCGCGCAUCCAAGAGGGGAGCUGAUCCUCCUCGACGAAAAGUCAAGGCACGAAUCUUUCGUGCUCCCGUGUUUCCGUAUCUUUCGUGGCGUACACAGAAAUGGAAAGAGCGGGUUAUAGACAUGAUGCAGAGAAGAGACUCGAUCAGAUCAAUGAGACGCGAAGAGAAGGAAAGCUCGUUUCAUUCGUCGCGAAAUUCUGGUCAAAACGAUAUCAAGAAGCUGCGAAGGGAAAACGAGCAACUACGUAGGGAAAUCUGGAGCCUCAGGGAUGAAUACGACAAGCUCGAGGAAAUUUUGAAGAAACAAAAAAAUCGCGACGAAAGCGAAGAGUACGAGGAUCGCUCCGAGGAGGAUGACCCGCAAUCGGAUUUUUCCUGCGAUGAGGACGAGGAAAAAUACGAGAAUAACGAAAAGACGGCCGAGGAUUUCAACCAGGAGGAGCAGUUAGAAAACGCGGAGAAUCAAAAGAUCUCUUCCGAGAAAAUGAGCAAUAGUUUGCAUCGGCUUCACGUGGAGUUCGACGAUCUGUCGGUCGUCGAGGAAGAGGAAGAGCUCAAGAGGGAUAAGGAGAGAAAGGACGCGACUCCGUCGGAUGAGGGCCAGAGGAACGAGGCCGCUCGACAUCCACCCCCGCCGACCUCCCUCGGCCCCCGGCAACUUCACGAUAACAUCCCGUUUUAUCCGGCCACGUACGAACCGACGAGUAGUUUUAGCGGAACCAGUUAUUACACCGAGUACCCGUUCGAGUUCCCGAGUACGGUCGAUUUAAUGCUAGCCGCGGAUACGUCCGCCUUAUUGGUUUCGCCCUGCUCAGGAUUACAGUCUGAUCCAUUGAUGCCGCCGAUCGGCCUGAACACCGAUCUGGAUCGAGUGGCCGAUCCGAUGCUACCUCAAAUUCACGUUCCGCCCGUCGGUUGGCAAAAUGACGUGACUUCUCAAAAACAAAUGCCGAUUUAUACGGCUACGAGCGUCGCUCCCAUCGCGCCAUUAACAGGGAUGCAAAUGAUGAGAAAACCGGAUUCGCACCAGGAAUAUCAGAAAAUGGAAAAUUCGAUAUCUCCCGAUGCUUUGUUAAAGAAAAGGAAUGCAAGUACGAAGCAACCCGCAAAAUUCCAAACCAUGUCAGAUAUUCAAGAUUCGCGAACGCAACUUUCAAGUUCCGAAGAAGCGCUCGACAAGAACAUUUGGAACGUCACCGCGAAUUUUUUCCAUAAAAAGCGAGCAAUGACGAACGGAGAAAAAGACGUGCACAAUGCCGAAGAUACUACCAUCGCGUCUAUGAUGCCGGAAAAACCAAAACAUUUUUUCGCGCCGCUAUCUUUCAAGCUGAAAAAACAAGAAGAAGAAUCGCCCACCGCGAGUAUGAGUCAUUUUGGAACCGGAACUAGUUCGAGUAGCGGUAAAACAGCUUCCACAGUCGUCUCCAAAACUAAUCCUUUCGUAACGCAAAAAGGUUCGGCGGAUAUUUACGUGAAUGGCGCGAUACCUUGCGAGGAUGAAAAUAAAAAUGAUUCGAAGACAUUCCUGAGUACCGAUAAUCUGUUGAUCGCGGACAACAGAAGCGCUCCGAGUAGUCAAUUGACGAAAUCGUUAUCAUGUCAAAAUCUUUCUAGCGAAUCUCAGAGUAUGGCGCAAUUAAAAUUGAAUCACAUUGAAUCUCAAAUGUUCACAAAAAGCGACAAUGCUUUAGACAAUAUUUCGAAUUCUUCCAAGCCGUAUAAAAGUCAUCUAAAUGUGACAUUGAAGAUUCCGCGAAUCGAGCGAACACCGAGCCCAGAAACACCGGAGAUUCCCAAUCUGCCCUCGAUAGAUUACCGCCUCUUCAGAAAUCCCUUUCUGAGAAACUUCGAUAAGAUCUGUCCCGGCUAUCAAACAGAACCGAAACCUCCUUCCGCCACAAUGCCGUUCUCUCUUCAAGUAAAUGACGAUGACCUCGCUUAUCAGUACCCUACGCCAGCUUACGGUCGAGGAAUUCACUUCAACGAGAAGCUUCGAACUACGCACUUGCCGGAUCAGAAUCGAUUGCUGAUACCUGGGGAUCAACUGAUGAGCGGCAAGCAGGACAUCCAAGUGACUUCCUUCGAGAAACCAAGUCCUUGCACUUUGAUACCUUCCGCUACUCCGUAUGAUCUGACGACUCUAAGAAGAUUGAACGCGAAUCGAUAUCUUCAAAGUCAGAACUUAUACCAAAACGUUCCGUUUAUACCGCACAGUCCAUUUUACCCGAGGAGAAAUGAAAUGUUGUACUACGAUAACGUCACGAUGAAAGUACCAGCGCAAACGCAAACGUCCCUCGACGGUGACUCGCAUCACGAGGAUGAGGAAACGAUCAGCGCGCCAAAUUCACCGGGCGGACAGAUGCGGAAGAAGAUUGUCAAAAGGGACAAAAUUUCAGUCAAGGAUCAGAGACCGUUAUCGCCGGCGGCACAAAGGAGACUGAAGAAGCAGGGUAGCGCCACGUCGACGGAUACGCUCGAUUCGCCGGGGAAAAUGACGCGGAAGAAACCGAGGCGAUUGAGCACGUCUGACACGCAGGAGGAUAAGAAUGAGAGCAGAUCGUCGUCCUCGGGACAAGACUCGCCGCGCAAAGAUCAGAACCGAAAAAUGUCCGCCUGCAUUAAUUCUAAGAGACGACCGUCUCAAACGUCACUGAAAACAUCGAGGAGCGGUAGCGUGGACGCGUCCAAGGACAAAUAUACGGACGCGCAGAAUUUAGAACGCGAAAGGACGAACUCGGUCAGUAGUCGGGAAAUUGCCAACGUGAAAGCUCGCAAAACUAGUACUAGCAGUGGUAAUGUGCCAUGGUGCGCGUGUUGGGGAAACGGCUGCAUUUAAUCACGGUUAGAUAUUUAAUCCCAUUCAGGGAUAAAACUAGAGAAGCGGAUACACGUGUAAAAUGUGAAACGUUGAUUAAUUUUGAUGUUAAAAGCCAAAUAUAAUCAAUAAUAAUUAGGGCGUUAAUUGCCAUUUAAUCAGUAUCAUUAAUCUUGUGAUCAGUUUCGC